GUUACAGUAAUAUUUCUUUUUUUAGUUAAUUAGAUGUUCAAUCAAAUCAAAUCUAGAUUGCUCUUUUCAUGAGCUACAGCUCCAACCAUGCGCAUGCGCAGAUCAUUUCGAAGACAGCACGUGUUCCUCGGCCAUCUUCGUGGCUUCCCCCCUCGUUUCCUCGGCAACCUUCGGGACUUUCCGGCCCUCUGCGUGUCCACUCGUGUCCUGUCGAUAGAGCUGCUUUUCGCUGUCGUCGUCUCCCUCGUCCUCCUCUCCGUGUUGUUGUUCUCGGUGACGCGACGGAGGUGUAGCCUGACGCGGUCUCUUACGUGUCGGUCUGAAUAAAAGUGGAGCUCCGUAGACCCGGGAGUGACGAAGCGAGUCUGUGUUGAUUUCUAAAUGACCAUGGAGGCUGGUGCAGAAACACAGCAAAGUGGUGAAACAGCUGUCUCUGAGUCUGAGGCCCAGCAGAUCACCCUGGCCCAGGCGUCCAUAGCAGCGGGCCAGGUGACGUCCAGCAGUCCCACAGUCACUCUGGUGCAGUUGCCCAACGGUCAGACAGUCCAAGUGCACGGGGUGAUCCAAGCUGCCCAGCCCUCUGUCAUCCAGUCUCCACAGGUCCAGACAGUACAGAUUUCGACUGUCGCUGAGAGUGAGGACUCUCAGGAGUCCGUAGACAGCGUCACAGAUUCUCAGAAGAGAAGAGAGAUCCUGUCUAGACGACCUUCUUACAGGAAAAUUCUGAACGACUUAUCAUCAGAUGCUCCAGCAGUUCCUCGGAUUGAGGAAGAGAAGUCAGAGGAUGACUCUGCCCCCGCCAUCACCACAGUCACCAUGCCCACUCCCAUCUAUCAGACCAGCAGUGGCCAGUACAUUGCCAUUACCCAGGGAGGGGCCAUCCAGCUGGCCAAUAACGGCACAGAUGGAGUUCAGGGCCUGCAGACACUGACCAUGGCCAACGCCGCUGCAGCCCAGCCUGGUGCUACCAUCCUGCAGUACGCCCAGACCAGUGAUGGGCAGCAGAUCCUAGUGCCCAGCAACCAAGUUGUUGUACAAGCGGCCUCUGGAGAUGUCCAGGCCUAUCAGAUCCGCACAGCACCAACCAGCACCAUCACUCCUGGGGUCGUCAUGGCGACCUCACCUGCACUGGGCACAGGAACAGGCACAGAGGAAGUCACACGCAAAAGGGAAGUGCGCCUUAUGAAAAACAGGGAGGCAGCCCGCGAGUGUCGCAGGAAGAAGAAGGAGUACGUCAAGUGUUUGGAGAACCGCGUGGCUGUGCUGGAGAACCAGAACAAAACCCUCAUCGAGGAACUCAAAGCCCUCAAAGACUUGUACUGCCACAAAUCCGAGUAGAAACAUCACCAAACGCCUGCCAGUGGCUCAACAGGUGCCCGUCUGUCACCAUGUACAGAGACUCCGCACAGAGCCAUGCAUCUGGAUGCCACUUCUCCCUUUUCUACUCUUUUGCUUUCUUUUUAAAAACUGCUGAAAAAUCUAUAAAGUGACACACCAGGAAAAGAAAAAAAAAAAACAACAAAACUCCCAAUUCAACGAUUUGCAAUCCUUAUUCUUUUCCCAUCAAUCCAUGAAAGGGGUGAUGCGAUGAUAAGAACGGAUGUGGAGGAUUUUUUUCCUCCGAGGGGAGUUAAUCAACCAUACAGGGUCCUCGUGGUGAAGUGAUAGGACAGACGAUACGGCUGUUCGGGGUUUUUUUUUUUCGACGCCACCAAAGGGAAGCAUUCCAGUCACUGGUGCCUGGACGAACUGGGCAACAUCACCAGCACAGGAAACUGCUCAAUUACCAUCACUACUAAUGCCGGAACUUUUUACAGUUUUACCUCCCUGAGACACUUGGAUCAUUUGGAGAGGUUACCUUUGUGUGCAACGUUUGUAAUCGUAACUGCGCUCUUGCAUUAACAUCUGUUACUUAAUAAUGCUUUGAACUGUAGGUGGGCUGUGUCAUGGACAUUUUAUCUUUGAGCUGUGUUUUGGUUUCUUAUGUAUUAGAUUAUCUGCUCGCAUAAUGCCAUUGACUUUAUAUAAAAACUUUAAUUACUUUGCCUUGAUACCACAUGAACAAAAAAUGCUAACCAUUAAGUUUGGUUGUAAAAUUUUUUUUUUUUUUUUUUUUUUUUUUAUGUUAAAUGCAGCUUUAAAAAUACACAGUGAAGAGAGAUUGUAGAGCAAGGAUAUCAGUGGAUUUGGACACCAUAGGAGUCAAAAUCUAAAAUUACUGUGUCUUUUUAGCUUUUUUUUAAGUUUUACAGACACAGUAAUUAAUGUCAAGAAAAACAUUUAUGGUUAAAGAGUUCCUCAAGUGUUUACUGGGUCUCUGAUGCAUGUUCCCCAUGUUUAUUACUGUGAUUUAAUACAUUUACUAUUAUCAUCGUUUUCCAGUUCUUACUGACCUUCACCAAAACAUCUCCAGAUUUAUAAAAGGACUGAAAUUGAAAUUCUGUCCACACUCAUCCAAAAGUUGUUUCCUGCUACAAGAAGACACUGUUCACAGGAGUCUUUAGGCCCUCUUGUGGCAAGAACAGCUCAAAUGAAAUGAGUGGAAAGUGAAAGAAAAAAACAAAACAGAUGUUGCAGUUUUGUUCCUACAUGCACCAGACUAAUUGACAUAAUGAGGUAAAAAGCGGUUAAACUAGUAUCUGUGCUACAAGUGGUAUUUUAAAAUUUGUUUUUGUAUCGUGGAUUUUUAUUAAAAUCCAUUUUCGGUUUUUUUUUAAUUCAAUACAGAUGCUGGUGAUUUCCUGGAUUCUUUUAAAGAUGAAGACCAGAAAUAAUGAGCCCUACUUAUAACUUGUUAUGCAACGAAAGAAAUACUUUGUCUGCCUUUUUUUAAACAAAUUGUGGAGACAGAUGAAAUCAUGGAUUCCCUGAUAUGUUGGUCUGAUACGCUGUCUUUGAACAUGUAUAUCCCAAUUUUUUUUUUUGUUAUUGGGAAAGUCUUGGGAAAACUCUUCUAUGUAGUUUUGUUCCUGACUUUCAAGGCAUCAGCAAAGUCUGUCUCCAAAUUCUGUUUACAUAAUUGCAAAGUGGCAUGUGCACUUUCCUUGCAUAUACAAUCCUGCUACAUUUCACAUGAUUUAACAGGAAGGUCUCACGCAGCGCUGACAGUCAAAUGGUUUCACUUGAGAGUAACACUGCUAACUAGUAAUUAAUCAAAAUGUCCAUGAAUGUUUUGUUGCUUAUUAUCAAGGCAUGACCAUGCAUUUGAUUGGAUGUUUGUUAGUUGUGUGGAGCAUCAAAUUUCAAGUACAGUUUCAAGAUUGCACCUAUCAAAUACCCUGCAAAAGGAUUGUAAAGUGCGACCAAAUCAAGGAGACACCGACUUCACAGUGAACAAAAGUGGAUAUUUUCAUGAUAAUGGAAUGCCAUAUUGUAUUCUUUAGGUAUUAUGUAUAGUCAUGACAUAGUAUGCUUUUUUUAUGUUGCUUUUCAUUCAUUUUCUAUUCACGAUUUCUAAAUGUCAGCACCAACUUGUAUAAUACAGUACAUUAUGUUAGAGCUAUUCAAAUAUUACAUUUUUGGCAGCUGUUAAUAAAUGUGUUUCUGGUAA